GACACUGCUCACGUCUUCAGUCGGCCCGCGAAUUCUGUACCGUACGGACGUGCCACGGCCGCGUGACGAAUCACCGACAUGUUCACGACCACGAAAAUUCUAUGUGAAUGUAAAUAAAAAAUAACGUGAAGUGUAGUAGUGAAGACAGUGUCACUAAAAUAGAACAUAGGUUUUUUUGUCAUAGUUAUAGUGUACUUUAUCUUAUCUUUAGUAUAAAGUGCGUCAACGAACGAAUUUUUAAAGAAUUGACAUUGGUAUUGGUAUAAUUAUUUAAUAGCAAGUUCUAAUCAAUAUUACUGUUAGUGGAUACGUUUUAAUUAUUUGUGAGUUCGAACGAAAUUGAUGUACAGUUUGUGGACAAAUAAUUAUUGUUCCGGAUCUUCUAAUAAAUAUCACUAUGGACCCAUACUUCUCAAGUUCAACUGUAAACAAAGUUUCAGUUGAGUCAAGAAAAUAAAUAUCAACAUAAUAUCAAAGAGAUACAAGCACAUAUCUUUUUAUAAGAUCGGAAAUUUUCUCCACCAAUCAACGGCACUAAUGGAGCAAUCCGCAAACGGGAUAUUGGAAUAGCAGCCGCUCGCGCCAUCUUCCUCGCGCAAUAAAACAACAUACCCCUGCUAACUCCAUCACAGACCACAUUCAAACAAAAACAAACCCUACCACAACGCCAUAACGACCACAAUCCUCCAAUAUCACGUAGUCAAAUGGCUCUGCUCCGAAUUGAAAACACAAUCCAAGCAAUAUGUCAAUUAAAGUGUAUUCUUAAUUGUAAUCAAGCGCGCCAUUUUAAGACCAAAAAGCUUCGCGACGAGGUCAUAUUCCAGACUUGAUUCGUAAAGUAAAUUUAGAUAUCGUAACUAAACAAAGGGAGAAACAAAACCAAUGUAUGGUUACGUCAGGAUAACGAACAAAUUAAUCGUCACCCAAACCAGGGAUUCGUAUGGCGACUCAAAGUCAUAACUCCUACCGUUCACUGCCUAGCUUUGUUGCUUUACCUUCGUGUCUUCUCGUACUGGCAUCCAUUCUUUUGCAACCAGCACUAGCCUCGGUUGAACUAGAAUCAAUUCUAAGUCCAGAGUUCAACGUAAGUAACCCAAACGCAACGGUGAACUGGACGUUCCUAGACGACAAUUCCACAUCCUUGAAGCACGGCCACAUCAAGCAUUCGAAAUAUUCCAUACCUACUACUAUUCUCUUGGUUACAAUAUUUUUGAUAGUUAUAGUUGGAACUAUUAUAGGAAAUGUGCUAGUUUGUGUUGCAGUACGCUUAGUUAGAAAAUUAAGAAGGCCUAGUAAUUACUUGAUAGUAUCGCUGGCAGUGAGCGACUUGUGUGUGGCCUGUAUUGUGAUGCCAGUAGCCACCGUCUAUGAUAUUAUGGGAACGUGGCCUUUUGGACCGGUCAUCUGCGACUUUUGGGUAUCAAGUGACGUACUGUCCUGCACCGCUAGCAUCCUCAACUUGUGCAUGAUCUCUGUAGAUCGCUACUAUGCCAUUACGAAGCCUCUGGAGUACGGUGUGAAGAGAACACCUCGAAGGAUGCUAUUUUGUGUUUUCAUCGUAUGGAUAAGCGCAGCAUUCAUUUCCCUCCCGCCGGUCCUUAUCCUAGGUAAUGAGAAGACUGACACCUCCUGUUCUGUAUCUCAGAAUCAGGCGUACCAAAUCUAUGCAACUUUUGGUUCAUUCUACAUACCAUUGACUGUAAUGAUCGUGGUCUAUUAUAAAAUAUUUAGAGCUGCUAGGAAGAUUGUAAAAGACGAGAAACGUGCUCAAUCACACUUGGAGACGCACUGUUACUUGGAAAUAAAUGUGAAGAAUGGUGGAGCCGCGGAAGCUAAGCUGCUGGGCAACCAGCCGGCGCAGCCUCCCCCGAGGGGAUCGACGACGAGUACGAAUACAACGUGUAGCGUAGACAAAACAGAAAGCACAAUCGGGAGAUGCUUCAGCGGCCAAAGAAAGUCGAACGAGUCGCAGUGCCCAAUGUUGCAACAACCAAAGACUCCAACAAAGCCUAUUCACACCAUAAACCGGUCACCAACACAGCUGGUGCCUGGGAAACUAGCGGUGAAGGAGAGACAAAGACAACCUUCGGAGAGCAGUCAGAAAAACACGACGAACAGGAUCCGUUCGUCGCUCUCGAACUUUGCUCAUAAAAGCCAUAUCGCCAAAGACUUGCUACAUCCGCAGAACGCUGUUCAUCAGAAAAAACUGCGGUUUCAAUUAGCCAAAGAACGCAAAGCGUCCACAACCCUCGGCAUCAUCAUGUCUGCAUUCGUGAUCUGCUGGCUACCGUUUUUCGUGUUAGCUUUAAUUAGACCAUUUGUGAAAGAAGAUGCGAUUCCCGAUGCGGUGAGUGCACUCUUCCUCUGGCUGGGCUACCUAAACAGUUUGCUCAACCCAGUCAUAUACGCGACUCUGAACCGAGAUUUCAGAAAGCCGUUCCAAGAAAUCCUCUUCUUCCGAUGUGGCAAUCUGAACCACAUGAUGCGUGAGGAGUUCUACCACAGUCAGUACGGGGACCCUGACCAACAUUACUGUGUGAACAACACCACCAAAAUGCACAAUUACGAGGAGGGGGUAGAAAUAGUUUCUGCCGUCGAUAGGGAGGAGACGAGAGCUUCAGAGAGUUUUCUAUGAUUGUCAAUGCCAGAGGUCGCUACCGGAGACCUAGAUACUGUGAUCUAAUUAAGACUUUUUUAUAAUAGUACCGCGGUCUAACAGUGUUGAUUUAAUCGAUUUCAUUCGUUUUAAUAACUUGUGUAUUAUAAAAGGCUGUUUCUACCCAACUAGUCGUUAUUUACGUAAAUGUAAUCGAGGUUUCGUUUCGUGUAAAAUACGUAGUAAUAAACCAUUUUAUAUGUGCAAGCAGAAAGUGUGACAUGAGUAUUAGAUGAUAAAAUAGUUGCUAUUGUAAAUAUUUGUAAUAUUAUUUGACAGUGACGUUACGUUACGUCAUUCUUGUUAUAUGUCAAGUGUAAAUGAAUUGUACCAAAAUAUCUGUGCCCGUUGUACCAAACUCAUUUUCUCUUUGCAAAUAUAAAUGGACCUCAAGUAACUUGUACGAUUUUAUUAUUAAGUAGAUAAUUACGGUAAGUCACAUGGUAUAUUACGUCACUUUUAAUGUAAUAAUAAUAGGAUGUGAAUGUACUAUUAUUGUUAUUAUUUAAUAAUUUUGGAAUGACCAAAGAGGUAUAAUAUUAACUUGAAACGUGAGGUUUUACAAGUAUAAGAUGUUGUGAAUUUGAUAAAGGAUAAAAACAAAAAUGUAUAUUAUUGUUAAAUAAAUAAAUAAAUUAUGUUUAUGACAUUAAAUUAGUCAGAAGUAUUAAUCCAUGUGAUAGUAGAUAUAGAACUUACUUCUUGGUUAGUUUUCAUAACAUUGAUUAAUAUAUAUUUAUUUAUUAUUUAUCACAUUAUUUCCUUAUCCAAUAUAUAUUAUAUGAUUAUAAAUUAUGUAAAUAUUAAGAAAAAUAGUAUUUUACCGGACAACAUGUGGUUAAAUUAUUACAAAAAUAGGCACUGCCAUAUAAAUUAGUAAUAAAACAGUAUAAUAAAUUGUAAUAUGCGUAGAACUAUUAUAAAAUGUGCGUAAAAGUAAUGAAUUUUAUUUUAUUUUCAAACUACUGGUCCUUUCCUAUGUUAUAAUCAACUCUUACCUUUGAGCAUUAAAGUUUAAAAUACCUUGUAACUUCAACUGAAACUGUGGUUAAUUUUAUUGAUUGAAUUGAAUAAUACUUGUAUUUAGUAUUGUGUUUUAUUAUUCUAGUAUGUAUUUAUUUUAUUGUUAAUUUUAUUUUGAACAUAGAUUAACUUAGAACAAAGUCAGUGUUGUAAAUAUUGUUAAUAAAACUAAUGACAUUACAAGUAAAUAUAUUAUGUAAUAAUUAUAAUAAUGGUAAAUAAGUGCAUAAUAUAUAUAAUAGAUAAGGGAAUAUAAUUAUAAUAUCGCAGUAACCGUGUGGGGAAACUACGCUUGGAAAAAAAUAAUUUGACCGUUCAAUUUAAUGUUUUUAAUUAAUAAAAUAUACAUACUUAAAAAUUUCUUUUGUGUAGUUUCUUUCAAAUGUGAAUAAUAAUCGUGGUUAUUUAUUAGGUGUAUUUAAUAAAUUAUAAAUAUAUGAUUGACCACAGAAAUUACUCAAUACUUUUAGAUGUUAUAAAGAUCCUUUUGUAAAUCUUGUAGCUACUACGAUAGAUGCCGUAUUCUGCCAUCUUUUCUUCUAAAUUUGUUAUUUUGAAGUUAUAUUUCGUUAAAUUAUUAACGUUGAAGUAUAUUAAAAUUUCAGUAAUAUAUGAAGGUAAUGUACGUAUUAUUUAAAAUAUAUAUUUACAUGCAAAUUGUGUAUUUUAAUAUCUUUCAACGUCAAAAACCUGGAGUUAAGUCAUUCGUGGAAUUUAAAUAUAAUUUGAACAAAUUCAUAGUAACUUUGAAUACUUGUUUGUCAGUCCCACUGUCAUAUAGAAUUGUCAUAUUCUAUUCUGUAUUUGAUAAAAGUGUUUUUAAUGAAAAUUUUGCUAACAGAAUACCAAAGAGAAUAUUUGCUUUGUUAAAGUGAUGCGACAAAAUUUUCGGAACUGACACAAUCGUAAAGAUAAAAUAUUAAUUAUUUUACGAUCCACAUAGGUAGAUUUAUUAUUAAAUUAACCGUAACUUAAUGCAGGCUUACACGGAUCGAGCCGUCAUCGACCAGUGCACUAAAAAUGAAUAAUUUAUAUACAAGCCGAUCAUGUUUCUUCAAGAGGCAUAGUAUAUAAAGGAUGGUACCUAAUGCAAACGAAAAUUUGAAGCAAAAAAUAAAUAAAAUUUCAAAGUUCCGAAUGCUAGCCUAAUGUUAUUAAAAACGAUUUACGAAAGAUGAAAAACGUAUGUAUACUGGAAUUGGGUAGUUUUCUUAGUCAGAAAUAAAUUGUUUCUACUUUGUAUAUAUAUAAUAAUAUAUAUCUUACAUAUAAAAAUGAAUUUCUGUUCGUUAGUCUAGUUUAGUCGCUAAAACACAAAAACGGCUGGACCGAUUUAGCUAAUUUUGGUCUUGAAUUGUUUGUGGAAAUUCAGGGAAGGUUAAAAAGGUAAGAAAAUAAUGUUUGAGGAUAUACAAAGUUUGCCGGGUCAGUUAGUAAAAAAUAGAACUCAAAAUUUCUAUUAGGUACCUAUUCUGUCUUCUUUGACACCUAUUCCUUAUUAUAAAUUAUUUGCUAUCACUACCCAAGUUACCCAACUACAAAAAUCAUUAAUUAAGAACCUCUUAAAUUGUUCAGUGAACAAGAUUUCUAUCAGCGAGUUCAUUACUAAAUCUCUUUUAUGAAAAUUCUCGUUUUUUCGGCACUCAAUUUGUUAGGAAGCUAUGUUCAAAAUGUGUCUAAUUUCAGUUAGGUCAACAGGUCUGGUACCUAGGUAAUAAAAGGAAUCCCGCGGGCGGGAAAAUUCAAUUCUUUAAUUAUAUUAUAACUUUCGUGAGACAUACUAAAUUAAUUAUUAUGUUAUCGGCUUACUCACGUAACGGUUUGACGAGGAACUCGACUAGUUUCAAGCGUAGCAGCGCGACAUUGUCAGUAGCAGCGCGACAAUCGCCGCGUCGUGUGUCGCGGAAUGCUUUUCAUGAGUAUGAGCCUCUAGCAUGGCUUGAAACUAGUCGAGUUCCUCGUCAAAACGUUACGUGAGUAAGCCGAUAAUAAUUAACUCAAUUCUUCUGCUUGGUGUUCACAAUCGUUAUAUUUUUUUAAAUCAAAUCUUAACGUUAAUUGAACAGGUAAGUUCCCAUUGUUUGAUUUUUCUUAGACUAAGUAUUUUUUCUGUGAAAUAAACAUUCAGACUAAAUAGAUAUUACACAUUAUUUUUCAUCCAAAACUGCAGCUGUAGUACCAAAACAUUGUUUGUUCAAAUGACAGUCGUAUUCAUAUAAAAAAAUAAACAUUAAUGACUUAACAUCUGGCUUUUCAUAACUAUAAUUAACUAAGACAAGGAUGAUGACGGGGUAUGAAAAUGGAAAAUCUAAUUAGUCCAUCAAGUAGGUAAUGAAAAACUAUUAGACACGUAUUUUAUUAUUUCUCUAUUUCUCUAAUACCUAGAUAAAACGAAUCACAGUUUAGGAGUCGGAGUAAAUACAUCAUUUUUAAGUAUAAAAUGUACUUAGAAGUGACGUCACGCGAUAUUUCAAAUCGAUACAUCUCCGAAAGUAUUUGUUUCCGUAAGAAAAUAAAAAAUUCGUGUCUAACAUUUUCAUGGACAUUAUGUAUAGAAAAAUUAGUCAUCUACCCUAUUCCAAAGUUUAUACUUACCUCCAUAUUUUGUACAUAAUUAUUUAAUUUAGAUAGAGCUCUUAAAGUACAAAGCAUAUACGUUUGUUUAUUCAAGAUUUUUAUCAUUUGUUUUCUUUGUUUAUUUCUGAACUGUAUCUAUUCUGUCGGUAAUCUAAUGUAAGGUAGCUUUUACAACUUCGAAUGUUUUAGUGUGUACAUAAAAUGUGUUCAUUCGAUGCUGUACUUCUAUAUUUUUAGUUUAUGAACACAUUUGUGAAUAUUCAUAUGUUUUAUGUAUGAAAGACGUUUGAUAAAAUUAGUUAUUAUACAAAAUUAAUUUUGGUUAGUAAGUGAUUCAUUUGAUAUGUGAAAUUAAAUAUUCAUAUAAAAGUUAAUAUAUUUAUUUCCAAAAUGGUGUGUUACAGGGGCCUAUACUGGGUCCAAUAAAAAUGAUGACGGGGUAUAAAAACCUAUUUAGUCCGUCAGUUUAGAUAAUGAAAAAAUAUUAGACAUGUAUUUUUUUAUUUGUCAUAUAAGAUAACAAUGCUUAGAUAAAACGAAGCAGAGUUUAGGAGUGGGGGCAAAUACGUCAUUUCUACGUAUAAAUGUGCAUAGAAGUGACGUCACGUGACAUUUUAAAUCGACAUAUCUUCGAAAGUAUUUGCAAGUAUCCGUAAGAAAAUUAAAAAUACGUGUACAAUAUUUUAAAAUAGUCUACAAGACGGACAUUAAAACAAAAAUUAGUCAUCUACCCUAUUAUGGUUCUCGCAAAAUAUUUGUAACUUUUUAAAAAAAUCUGUUUAUUUUAUACGAAUCAUUAUGUACAUACAUAAAAUUUGUUUGUAUUCACAAUUGUGUUCAUCUUUAGUAUUGACGUCGUGUAACAUAAUGUGACGUUAAAUAUUAUAAAUAUAUAAACUUUCAUAGUAGUGAAACGAAUGGAAUUCUUAUCUUUUGGCAUUGUUGUAUUUUUCUUAUAGUAGGGGUCCUAAAAGCGACGAAAUAAAAAUUAGAUUCGA